AUGCAGCCUCCAGAGGGUGCACAGAUGGAUCUGGGCAAGGCCCAGGUCAUUGAUCGUGUUCCCAAAGUCAUCAAGGAGUUGAAAUUUGGUGUACUAACAAACGAUGAUAUUGUCGGCCAAGCUGUGGUGGAAGUCUCCGAUCGGAAGUUUUUCGACCUCGAACACGACCGUGCGGUAGUUGCCCAUGGCCCUCUCGAUGCGCGCAUGGGUAUUUCGAACAAGACUGCCGAGUGCAAGACGUGCGGACUUCAUCUGAAGGAGUGCAACGGUCACUUUGGACACGUCAGAUUGGUUUUGCCUGCUUUCCACGUCGGUUAUUUCAAGCGCGUCAUCGGCAUCCUCCAGGAAAUUUGCAAAGAAUGCUCGCACAUCCUGCUCCCCGAGGCAGAGCGUCGGGCUUUCUUGCGUGAAAUGCGCCGCCCAGGACUGGAUAAUUUACGACGGACCCAAAUCGCGAAGCGAAUCAACGAACGCUGCCGGAAAACUCGAGAAUGCGAGCAUUGCCAUGCGAUCAACGGAGUGGUGAAAAAAGCCGGCUCGAGUGCUCUCAAGAUCACCCACGACAAAUUUCGCGCCUUCAACUCUUCAACUUCUGCCAAGAAAAUCCCUCCUCUCAGCAAAACGGCGUUUGAUGACACCUUUGCUGAGGCCAGGCACUCCAACUCGGAGGUUGAGAAGCACUACAAGAAGGCGCAAGACGAUAUGAAUGCCCUACGGGUGCUCAAACUUUUCAAGAAGAUUUCCGAUACCGACUGUGAGCUUAUGGCAUUGGACCCGAAAGAGGCACGCCCCGAGAUGUUCCUCUGGCAAUUCAUUCCGGCCCCUCCGGUCUGUAUUCGACCAUCCGUGGGGCAAGACGCUGCCUCGACAGAAGAUGACCUUACUGCGAAGCUGGGCGACAUUGUCCAGAGCAAUAUCAACCUCAAAAACGCCCUGCUGAAGGGUGCCCCCGUUCAGACAAUUAUGGAAUGUUGGGACUACAUGCAGCUUCAGAUUGCCGUCUACAUCAACAGUGACGUGCCAGGCCUCAACAAGGCGGAUCUGGGAAAGCCCAUCCGAGGUUUUGUUCAGAGACUCAAGGGUAAACAAGGUCGAUUCCGUGGCAAUCUGUCCGGAAAGCGUGUCGACUUCUCUGGCCGUACGGUCAUUUCACCCGACCCGAACUUGCGGGUAGAUGAGGUUGCAGUUCCAGAGCUGGUUGCCAAGAACAUGACUUACCCCGAGCGGGUGACCCGGUAUAACAAGGAAAAACUACAAGAGCGUGUGCGCAACGGCCAGAAGAAAUGGCCAGGAGCAAACUAUCUCUACAAAAAAGGCUCCGACUUCCGGACCAUGCUGAAGUACGGUAAUCUGAAGCACAUUGCCAACGACCUGCAGGAGGGCGACUUGGUUGAGCGUCAUAUUGAAGAUGGUGAUAUCGUACUCUUCAACCGGCAGCCCUCCCUCCACAAACUCAGUAUUCUUUCCCAUUUUGCUAGGGUACGACCUCACCGAACGUUCCGACUCAACGAGUGUGUCUGCAAUCCGUACAAUGCCGAUUUCGACGGAGAUGAGAUGAACCUGCACGUUCCACAGACGGAAGAAGCUAGAGCAGAGGCAAUGGAGCUGAUGGGAGUCAAGAACAACUUGGCCACGCCCAAGAACGGAGAGCCCAUUAUUUCUGCCAUUCAGGAUUUCAUCAGUGCUGCUUUCCUGCUGAGUAGCAAGGAUAACUUCUUUGACCGUGCCUCUUUCACCCAGAUUUGCCUCUACAUGCUGGGUUCAGAGACGCGAUUUGAUCUUCCGCCACCAUCAGUCCUCAAGCCACAGAUGCUCUGGACGGGCAAGCAAGUUUUCAAUAUCAUGAUGCACCCCAACGAAGAUGACCCUGUCUUGGUCAACCUCGAUGCUGCAUGCCGACAGUUCAAACAGCCCAAGGACGGCCGGCCCAAAGACUUGGAUCCCCAUGAUGCCUGGCUGGUCAUCCGCAACUCGGAAAUUAUGUGUGGUGUUAUGGAUAAGUCUACCAUUGGUUCCGGAAAGAAGGACAAUGUGUUCUACAUUAUGCUUCGUGAUUACGGGCCUGCGGCGGCUGCCGAGGGCAUGAAUCGUCUCUCCAAACUCUCAGCCAGAUGGUUCACCAAUAUGGGUUUCUCAAUCGGUAUCACAGACGUCUACCCCAGUGAGAGGCUGGUCCAGUCCAAGAAUGAUCUGGUGGAAAGAGCCUACGCCGCUUGCGAUGAAGUCAUUGCCAAAUACAAGGCUGGCACUCUGGAGAAGUACCCGGGUUGUGACGAGUUGCAGACCAUGGAGAACCAGAUCUCGGGUAUUCUCAGCAAGGUCCGUCAGCAAGCUGGUGAUGAGUGUAUUGACCAACUCAGCAAAUAUAACUCGCCCCUGAUCAUGGCCACAUCCGGGUCUAAGGGUUCUAGCAUCAACGUGUCUCAGAUGGUUGCACUUGUCGGACAACAAAUUAUUGGUGGUCAGCGUGUUCAAGACGGCUUCCAGGAUCGUACCUUGCCUCAUUUCCCCAAAAAUGCGCGACAACCUCCUUCCAAGGGUUUCGUUCGGAACAGUUUCUUCUCGGGUCUCGAGCCCACCGAGUUUAUUUUCCACGCAAUGUCUGGUCGUGAAGGUCUGGUUGAUACUGCCGUCAAAACCGCCGAAACCGGUUACAUGUCCCGUCGGUUGAUGAAGUCCCUUGAGGAUUUGUCAACACAGUAUGAUGAUACAGUGCGCAACUCGUCUUCUGCAAUCGUGCAGUUCCAGUAUGGUGACGAUAAAUUGGAUCCCGUGGACAUGGAAGGCAAAGCCAAGCCUGUCCAUUUCGAUCGAACCUUCAUCCACUGCGAGUCUACCACCUACAACAAUGAUGAACGAAGCUUGCUGCCUGCUGAAAUUGCAGAAGUCUGUCAAGAAAUGCUUGGAAAAGAACGUGCCAAGUUGGCUCGCAAGGACCUGCUGGGCAACGAGCUUGGCUACAUGGAUCGGUCCGAUCAUGGCAUUGACCAGUUCGAGAGCGCCCGUGACUUCCUGGACUCGAUUGAGCAAUACGUGUCUACCAAGGCUGACAGGCUGAUCUCCCGCGGUGGCGACUUUGAUCCAUCGGAUGAGAGAAGCCGAAAGGGCUUGGACCACACCGGAAAGUUGACAGAGACAACCCUGAGAGCUUUCAUCAAAGAAUGCCUGCUGAAGUACAAGAGGGCACAGGUUGAGCCAGGUCAUGCCGUGGGUGCCGUAGGUGCCCAGUCCAUCGGUGAGCCCGGUACGCAAAUGACCCUGAAGACUUUCCAUUUUGCUGGUGUCGCCGGUAUGAGUAUUACGCAAGGUGUGCCUCGUAUCAAGGAAAUUAUCAACGCUUCAAGGGAGAUCAGUACUCCGGUCGUUGCUUGUGACCUUGUUACUAAGGACAGCAUCGUUGCGGCACGAAUUGUGAAGGGACGCAUUGAAAAGACUUAUCUCCGUGACGUUAUGACAUGGAUCAGCGAGAGUUGGUCUGGCAACGAGGCAUCCGUCAAAGUCCGAAUCAACUGGGAUACGAUCAAUCAACUGCAGCUCGAGCUGGACAUGCAGAAAAUCGUCGCAGCGAUCAAGAGCCACAAGCGCUUCAAGGGCGAAGACCUUAAGUUCCGGACCACUGCGCGCUCCAUCGUGGUCAUCAUCGAUCUUGACCCGGCCAGCAAGCAGGGUCUAUCAAAGACCGAGAUCGCCGCUACAAGCGUCGAUCCCUUCCUGCGUCUCAAGCACCUGAAACGCAUGUUGCCCAACAUUCAAAUUCUCGGUCACCCUCAAGCCCACCGCGCCAUCAUCCGGACGGAUGAAACAUCCACCACCAAUACCCUACUAGUGGAAGGCUACGGUCUGAGAGCAUGCAUGAACACCAUGGGUGUCAACGGUCUCCAGACUACGACCAACAACGUCAUGGAGGCGCGGGAGGUUCUUGGCAUCGAGGCUGCACGCAGCACGAUCGUCACUGAAAUCAGUGAAGUCAUGAAGGACAUGGACAUCGAUCCUCGCCAUAUGCAGCUCCUGGCUGACGUGAUGACAUACAAGGGCGAAGUCCUGGGUAUUACCCGGUUCGGUCUGGCCAAGAUGCGUGACUCUGUGCUCCAGUUGGCCUCGUUCGAGAAGACUGCCGACCAUCUCUUCGAUGCCGGUGGUGCUGGCCGCACCGAUCUGAUCGAGGGUGUUUCCGAGUGUAUUAUUAUGGGCAAGACGGUAGGCCUGGGUACCGGUGCCAUGGAGGUCGCGCGCAAGUUGAACUUCUACGAAGGACAGAUCGGCCCGCGCAAGACCACCUUCGAGGACGCCUGGUCUCAGCUGUGUGAGGUCCCCAUGACGAGGAGGACCAAGAGAAAGGUUCGGUAG